AUGGAGUCUCCCAGAAUUACUGUCAAAGUUAUCAUUUCUCUUUUCUGCUCUUAUAUGCUUUUGUCACAUUAUAUCACCACUUUGAGCCCUGCCUUGGCUUUGGAAGACUGUCACUUUCCAGCAAUCUUUAACUUUGGAGACUCAAAUUCGGAUACUGGUGGAAUGGCUGCGGCCAUUUAUCGACCACCACCACCUUUUGGGAAAACCCAUUUUCAUACGCCGGCGGGAAGAUUCUCAGAUGGCAGGCUCAUAAUCGAUUUUCUUGCAAAGAGUCUUGGUCACCCCUUUUUAAGCGCAUAUCUGGAUUCCCUUGGCACCAACUUCUCGUAUGGUGCAAAUUUUGCCACUGCAGCUUCCACCGUCAGAUUGCCAAAUCAAAAUUUUCCAGCUGGUGGAUUUAGUCCCUUCUACCUCGAUAUUCAGUACAUGCAGUUCUUGCAACUAAAAUCCAAAUCACAACUGCUUAGGCAUCGAGGGGGAAUAUUUGCAAGUUUGAUGCCCAAGGAGGAGUAUUUUUCCAAAGCCUUGUACACAUUUGACAUUGGCCAGAAUGACCUUGGAGAAGGGUUCUUUGCCAACUUGACUAUUCAACAAGUCAAUGCAUCUGUUCCUGAUAUAAUCAGUAGCUUCUCAGCAAAUAUUAAGAAAAUAUAUGAUUUGGGAGGGAGAUCAUUUUGGAUCCACAACACUGGGCCAAUUGGCUGUCUCCCUUACAUCUUAGCCAAUUUCCCAUCUCAAAAGGAUGAGGCUGGCUGUGCAAAGUCGCACAAUGAAGUAGCUCAGCAAUUUAACUACAAGCUGAAGGAGGCUACAGUUCAACUUAGGAAAGAUUUACCUUUGGCUGCAAUUACUUAUGUAGAUGUCUAUUCAGUCAAAUACUCUCUUUACAAGGAACCUAAAAAAUAUGGGUUUGAGCUCCCACUUGUUGCUUGUUGUGGGUAUGGUGGCAAGUACAACUUUAACAGUAGUUCUGGUUGUGGAGGAACAGCUAGGGUUAAUGGAAGCCAAAUAUUUGUUGGCUCAUGCAAAGAUCCUUCGGUGAGAGUGAAUUGGGAUGGCGUUCAUUAUACUGAGGCAGCUGCCAAGUUUAUUUCUGAUAAAAUUUCAACUGGAGCAUUUUCUGAUCCACCCCUUGCUUUGAAACAAGCAUGUCACAAGAGUUUGGCGGGUGAAAAUUAUUUUGUAUUGAAAUAA